AAUCAAAAUAAAUAAAACCACUUCCCCUUUUAACAUCCAAAAUGGUAAAUGAAACACUUUAGUUUUGAAAUCGUUAAAGAGUGAUUUCUGUUUCGAGAUGGAAACUUCCAAAACUGCAGGUAGAUGAAACGCUAAAAAACGUUUCGAAAAUUUGGAUUCCAUCCAAAAACCUUUGCACAAAAGCGACAAUCUAAAAUUGAUCGUAUUUUUCCGCCAGUCAAAAUCGAUCGUAAAACCACCACCGUCAAAACAAAAUUAAUAUUAAGAAGUUAAAAAUCAAAAACCUUCCCAAUUAUCCUCUAGGAAGCGACCGGCUAAAUCGGUACGAGUCGGUUUAAAAAUACCGACCGCACACUUCAAUUCAACACACAUAUCAGCACUAUAAAUACGAUCUCCGUUGCAUAUCAUAUGUUGGUGACGUCAAAGGGGAAUCUAAUUAAUCACAUGUGUACGGUCCUGUGUUUUAUCGGACGAAAUUCGACUUUUCCAUGUAUUUUUAGACGAGUCGUACACUGCUCCUAACUGGUUCAAAAUCUUGCUAAACAACACACACGUUUCCAUCUAUCCAAUGUGUUAAAAACGAAUUGGGUCGUUUAUAUUGAGCAAAAGAUGGAGCUACUCCAUUAAAAUAGACCAUACAUUGUUGCUUUGAAACUCAAUAAUGGCAACACUUUUAAAUUGUUAUGACAAUAAUGUCAUUAAGUGACACAGUAAUUUGAAACCUUCCCAAAAAUUUAUGGUGUAACAUAACUUCUAAAUUUUUCGUAAGCCAUCCGAAGUUUACCAAAAGAACAGCCUCAAAAUGGUUAUGGACCAGUUCGUAACGACUUACCGUAAGGACUUCCUUUGGCCUUACGUCAGGACUUUCGGCAUAAGACCUGAACCAACGAAUCUCUUCCAAGUCCAGUACAGAGAUCCGAAUCAGGUUUGCGCCUGCCAUUGUCUGGAGAAGCCAAAAUCACCUUCGGAACAACACCAACUGGUCGGUCCUUUGGCGGUUCACGAAGAAUCAUGGAGCAGACAGGGUCCCAUGGGGCCGCUUCUCAAUCCCAAAAUGUAUCCGGCCAAGGUGGCGGAAAAACCGGAAACUUCACCGGCCGCCAACUACAACCAACCCAACGUGUUCUUGCACAAGCUUCAAGAAAAGUAUCCUUUCGUCUAUGAGUGCUUGAGGCAGGCACCUCCAAGUGACAUGCUUGCACGUAUAAACAGAGACAGAUUAAGAACAACCUACCAGGUGGACUUCUGCAAGAUGAGAGAGCAUGUUUCUGGUGGUAACAAAAAGGCCAUGUACGAAGCCAGGGGGCCGAAGGAGAUUGUGUGUCCACCAAGAAAAAUACCAAAAAGGUCAGUUGAAAAGAAAUACAUUAAAAUUAAUUUUGGUUUGGAUUCAGACUAUGACAAGCGUGCUACCACUGGAAUUAAUUUUGAAAGAAAAGAAUAUAAAUAUGAAAGCAACAUUUUAAACUAUAAUCCAUUCAAAAAAGCAAGUCCUUAUAAGGAAGACCAUCCUUUCAACGAUGACAUAAAGAUGGAUCCUCUGGUUGAAGAUAUGGGUCGCAUGAUUUAUAGAGAUGUGACACAUAACCAUGGUUCCUGGGCAGUAGGAACUAAAAAAUAGAUUAAUGGUAAACGUCACACAAAUACAUAUUAUUUGUGACCAUUUAAUUAAAUAAAAUUUGG